AGCAUCACAAUAUAAUCCUGUUUCAUUCUAGAUUAUUUUCUCCGUCCCUCCUCUUCAUAUAUAUAAACAUGUUUAGAUGAACGGGCCGGGAGGCUGUUUUUAAUUUAAAGUAUUUAUUUUAGUUAAACUGAGCCGGAUGCUCCUUUACUGGAGGCAGAUUUAUGAUGCAUGAAGCUAAAAACGCCACAGAGUUCUUCUUUAAGCUGAGGGAGGGGGCGGCGUUACCAUGGCGGACCGGGAGGAGCGGCGCUUUGCUGAGGUUUCCAGGGACUCGGUCAAACUGAUGGCGGAGAGCACCGGCGUGGAUCUCGCUGACGAUGUAGCUGCUCUCCUCGCUGAAGACGUGUGCUACCGCCUCAGGGAGGCGGCGCAGACCAGCUCUCAGUUUAUGAGACACGCCAAGAGGAGGAAGCUGACUGUGGAGGACGUGAACAGAGCUCUGCGCUGGAGCAACGUGGAGGCCGUCUGUGGUUACGGGGCGCAGGACGCCCUGCCCUUCCGCUCUGUCAAAGAGGGGGAGCUUUUCUUUGUGGACGAUCGGGAGAUUAACCUGAUCGAGCUGGCGCUGGCCACCAACAUCCCCAAAGGAUGCGCGGAGACGAUGGUGCGAGUUAACGUGGCGUACCUCGAUGGUAAGGGCAACGUAGAGCCUCAGGGGACAGUUCCCAGCGCGGUGCAGACGCUGUCAGACGACCUCCUCAAGUAUUACCAGCAGAUCACCAGGGCCAUCCUGGGAGAGGACCCCCACCUCAUGAAGACGGCUCUGCUCGACCUCCAGUCUAACUCCAAGAUCGCCGCCCUGCUGCCUUACUUUGUCUACGUCAUCAGUGGGGUGAAGUCGGUGAGCCAUGAUCUGGAGCAGCUCAACAGGCUCCUGCACAUGGUGAAGAGCCUGGUCCAGAACCCCUACCUGUACCUGGGCUCGUACGUACGCAGCCUGGUGUCCAGCGUCAUGUACUGCAUCCUGGAGCCACUGGCCGCCUCCAUCAACCCCCUCAAUGACCACUGGACCCUCAGGGACUACGCAGCCCUGCUCCUCAGCCACAUCUUCUGGACUCAUGGCGAUCUAGUGAGCGGUCUCUACCACCAGAUCCUUCUUUCCCUGCAGAAGGUUCUGUCCGACCCGGUCAGGCCGCUCUGCUCCCAUUACGGAGCUGUGGUGGGACUCCACGCUCUGGGAUGGAAGGCUGUGGAGAGGGUUCUGUUCCCACACCUCCCUGCUUACUGGGCCAACCUGCAGGCGGUUCUGGACGACUACUCCGUGUCCAACGCGCAGGUCAAAGCAGAUGGACACAAGGUCUACGGAGCCAUCCUGGUGGCGGUAGAGCGUCUGCUGAAGAUGAAGGCUCUGUCUCUGUCCCAGACAGCAGAGGGGGGCCCCAGCGCUCAGCCCAGUUCCGUAUCGGGAUCCAGCGGCUACAGAGUGAGCUCCCCGGGCCUCAGUCCUCCUUCAGAGCCGCUGUCAGAGGCGGUUCUGGGGAUCGCCAGUCACCUCCAGGCGGGCGGGGCCGGCUGUGCGUGGGAGGAGUGGUCCCCAGUCCCCCUUCCUGCGAUGUACAGCGAGCUCUACUCCUUCUUUGGGGACAGCCUGGCCGUCAGGUUCAGCACCGGACCCGGCUUUGGGAGUUACCCGCCCUGCGCUCCGGCCUGCGCCAGGGAAGCCCGGAAGGAACCCCUCGGCCCGGUCGCCAACCCCGACACUGCCCGUAAAAUGCCGCAGCUGACCGCCAACCUUAACAUCAGCCCGCGACAGGACGGGAGCCCCCGCACCGACCCCCCUCCUCCGAGCCUCGCCGCCACAGGAGCAGGGAGGUCUCUGGCUCGCUCCUCUUCCUCCAUGCAGCGCUCCAGGUCUUCCUCCUCUCGUUCCGGCCAGCGUUCCGCCGGUCUUCCACGCGACGUUUUCCCCAAGGCUCGUUUCAUCUCCCCACAGUCGGGACCGCCGGCGUUCUCCUUCGUUAUCGGCGGGCGGCCGAUGGGGCGACGCUGCCAGGGCCGCCGGCCGUUUCAGACCACCUUCAUGAUGAUGUCAUCACUGCCGGCCAACCCGCCCCGCGCCUACGCCCACAAACUGCCCGUGAUCGGCCGGGUGGGCAAACCUGUGCGCCGCUGGACGUGUUCGCAUUACUCGCUCUACCUGCCGCUGUAGCGAGAUGUCGACGAUGUUCCGCUUGGCGGGAAGAUCAUCUGGAGACUUUGUAGAAAAAACUUUUAUUUUCAUCAACUUUGAUCCUUUUGCUAAAUGUUUGUUCAGAAAGAUAAAGUUUUCCCACCUCUGGUUCACUCUG